AUGGAAGGCACUCUCUUCCCUAGUAGACCAGUCCUUCCCAUUCAAACCAACAGACCAAUACAACCAAGCCCUCCUGUGAAAUUCAAUGCAACCACUCUGCCACCUCUUCCCCAAAACCCAUCUUCAUUUCCUAUAGACUCUCUUCUCCACCACCUCCUCAACAUCUCUUCACCUCCCAACACUCCCCACAACCUUAAACCCUUAAACCCACCACACCAAACCAAUGACACUUUCCCUUCUCUUCAUAUUUCAGCGGAUUCAACUCCGAAACAGCACCAGUUCAAGAAACCCACUUCGGUUUUGGUCCCAAGUUUUGAGGACAAGGCCAGAACUGAAGAUGGGCUUAUUGACUUCUUGACAAUAAAGGGUAAGAUGAUGUUCAAUUCCAUUGUAGAGUCACCAUUGGAUUGUGUGAAUGAGUUAUGUGAUUCGGCUAAGUUUGAGUUGCUUGAAGUUGAUUUGAUUAGUCUGUUGAAGGCAUUGGACCUUUCUGGCAAUUGGGAAAGAGCCCUUUUAGUUUUUGAAUGGAUAUUGCUGAACUUGAAUGCCGAAAGCUUGAAAUUGGAUAAGCAGAUUAUUGAACUGAUGGUUAGAAUUUUGGGUAGACAGUCACAGCAUACUAUUGCGUCUAAGCUGUUUGAUGUAAUUCCCAUUGAGGAGUACUCACUGGAUGUUCGAGCUUAUACCACUGUCAUUCAUGCAUAUUCUCGCACCGGCAAGUACGAAAGAGCAAUCGACAUGUUUGAGAAAUUGAUGGAGAUGGGUCUGUCGCCAACUUUGGUUACUUACAAUGUAAUGCUUGAUGUUUAUGGGAAGAAGGGUCGGUCUUGGAAUAAAAUUUUGGGCCUGUUGGAUGAGAUGAAGAGCAAAGGAUUGGAGUUUGAUGAUUUUACUUGUAGUACAGUGAUAUCUGCUUGUGGAAGAGAGGGUUUGCUGGAUGAGGCAAAAGAGUUCUUUGCCGGGUUGAAGUCACAAGGGUUUGUACCAGGAACAGUUACCUAUAAUUCUUUGCUACAAGUUUUUGGCAAGGCGGGGGUGUUCAUGGAGGCAUUGAGCAUAUUGAAAGAAAUGGAGGAUAAUAACUGCCCACCUGAUGCUGUUACUUAUAAUGAGCUUGUGGCAGCUUAUGUGAGGGCAGGAUUUGCCGAGGAAGGUGCAUCUGUGUUAAAAACAAUGACCCAAAAAGGAACUAUGCCGAACGCGGUUACAUACACUACCGUGAUAAAUGCGUACGGAAGAGCAGGAAAGGAGGAAGAAGCUCUAAGGUUGUUCAACCAAAUGAAAGAGACUGGCUGUGUUCCUAAUGUUUGUACCUACAAUGCUGUCCUUGCAAUGCUUGGAAAGAAGUUGCGGCCAGAGGAGAUGAUAAAAGUACUUUGUGAUAUGAAGUCGAGUGGAUGUGCCCCUAAUCGGAUCACAUGGAAUACGAUGCUUGCCAUGUGUGGUGAUAAGGGCAAGCACAAGUAUGUGAAUCAGGUGCUUCGAGAAAUGAAGAAUUGUGGUUUUGAGCCUGACAGAGACACCUUCAAUACCUUGAUCAGUGCAUAUGGGCGGUGUGGGUCAGACAUAGAUGCUGCACAGAUGCAUGAUGAGAUGAUUAGAGCUGGAUUUACUCCAUGUAUUUCAACUUACAAUGCACUUCUAAAUGCUCUGGCUCGGCGAGGGGACUGGAAAGCAGCAGAAUCUGUCAUUCUAGACAUGAAGAAUAAGGGUUACAAGCCUAAUGAAACCUCAUAUUCAUUGAUGAUCAACUGCCACGCAAAAGGAGGGAAUGUGAGGGGGAUAGAGAGAAUUGAGAAUGAAAUCUAUGAGGGUCAUAUUUUUCCUAGCUGGAUUCUUUUGAGAACACUUGUUCUUGCAAACUUCAAGUGUAGAGCGCUGAGGGGUAUGGAGAGGGCAUUCCAGCAACUGCAGAUUAAUGGCUAUAAACCUGAUUUGGUCCUUUUCAAUUCUAUGCUUUCCAUUUAUGCUCGAAAGAACAUGUACGACCGGGCCAAUGACAUGCUGCACAUGAUUCGUGAAAACGGCCUUCAGCCAGAUCUUGUAACAUACAAUAGCUUGAUGGAUAUGUAUGCCAGAAAGGGGGAGUGUUGGAAAGCAGAAGAAAUUCUCCUGUCCUUGCAAAAAUCUGGUGGGAAACCGGACCUUGUUUCUUAUAACACUGUCAUCAAAGGAUUUUGCAGGCAAGGGCACAUGCAAGAGGCUAUAAGAAUUCUCUCUGAGAUGACAACAAGAGGGAUUCGGCCGUGUAUUUUUACCUACAAUACUUUUGUCACUGGCUAUUCAGGGCGAGGAAUGUUCUCGGAAGUAGAUGAAGUGAUUAGCUAUAUGACUCAGAACAAUUGUAAACCUAAUGAGUUAACCUACAAGAUUGUGGUGGAUGGUUAUUGUAAAGCAAGGAAGUUUGAAGAAGCUAUGGACUUUCUGUCAAAGAUCAAGGAGAUUGAUAAUUCUUUUGAUGAUGGAUAUGUUGAAAGACUUUCUUCUCGCAUUAGGGGCAAUUGGGAAGUGUUCGAGAACUUAAGUAAUCCAAGUUACUGAUCACAGUACAGGGCAUUGGCAUUCAUCUUUCAUACCUCAAAGAGAUACCCUAGAAUUUUGGUAACACCUGGGUCUGUAGGAUUUAAAAAUGAACAUACUCGUGAAAAUUUGUAACUAUGUUGUUCCCUACAGGGUUUGAUACUUUGCAGUCGGGGUAAAGUAUGCUGUGCAUUACAGUGUCAGAACUGUGCGCAGGAAAUUGUAAAUUUCCCUCGGGAGCUGGUAGUAGAGAGUUUUAUCUGUAUACUAUUUUGCAUACUUAAUAGGGAAAGCUGCCUUCUUUGC